CGCAAGCGACUCGAAUAGUUAGAAAAUCAUAACAAUUCACUUCCAUUUUAAUUUACAACAUUAUGUGAAUGUAAUUUUAUUUGCGAUUUCUCGAUCAUCUAUGUUUCUUUUGAAUGAACGGUUCUGGAGUAAUCAGAAUUGGGAAUAUUUUACUUAUCGUCAGUAAUGACAUCGUUAUGUCACAAUGUAGCUAACGGUAGCUAUAUUUAGUAUGCUAGCGCACAGCGAGAAUUGGAUUUAAGUACUACUAUCAAACGCUAUGUCCUUCAAGUCAUAGACCAUUACAAUAUUUCGCUCGCUGAAAAUCUUGCCAUGCAGGAAACUUCUAACGUCGCACAUAUUUUCAGGUGGUGCAACAUCCUGGACAAACCUAGUUUUUUCAUAUGUAACUAAUGUAGACAUCUUGGGGAGAAAACAAGUCAAGUUAAUUAUAUUGGACAGGUAUGACAAUCGUUGGCAAGCUGAUUGUUAUGACGAUCUUGGGCAUAUGGAUUGAUCCAUUUUCUUUGAUCAGUAAAAGGCAAUGGACCAGUGGGGUGUGUGCCUAUAGCAAGUGAAAAACCGAACAUGAAGAACGAACAGUCAGACAAACAGACACACACCUGCUGCUACUCCUUUUCCACUAAGAGAUCAUUCAUGGAUCUAGCCAUGUGACAAAAAUCUUUGCUCAACCACAUAUUUUCCAACACGCCAGCGGACAGAUUUUCUCAAGAUGCCGCGUUUGGACGACGUUGCCAACAUUGCUCUGAGGGUGCCAAGUAUCCUGGUACUGGACCUGCUGUAUAAAUGUGACAUUGAUAGUUUCACAGAGCACCUCAGGGCCAAAAACGAAGACAUGCUCUUCAAAUACAAAUAUGUCAUUUGGAACCUGUAUUAUCUAGGUCAUCUGGUGAAUGUGGUGGUGCUUGUCCUGCCACUAAGACACAUCGUUAAGCUCUACCUCCACAUCCUCACCGCCCUGCUCUUAUACGUGGGACACCAGAUUUCCAAGGACUACGUUCGUGGAGAGGUGCAGUAUGGGUAUGAUGGAGCCCUAUAUCUCGACGCUUUGGCCUUCAAUCGCUUUGUCACCGCACUGACUAGUCAGAUCAUUCUCAGUACUCUGUGUGCCUUCCUCAUGAAGACCAGGAAGGUGUGGCUGUUUUCCACCCACCUGCUGCCCCUAUUGGCCCGCCUUUGUGCCGUGCCCCAUGAAACCUUGCUAUUGGUCAACUCCUUCUCCAUGGUCCUGACUGGAGUAGGCGUGAUCAUGUUUCUGCUGUCCAAUCUCUUUGUGCCAUACCGACUAGCCAGGGCCGCCUACUCCGAGCUGCUACAACUGGAGGUAAUAGAGCUCUACCGGCUCCUUGCAGUGGCCAUCUCUCUGUGGAACCAGUAUGCAGUCCCAGUGCUGUUCAGUGUGUUCUGGACUGUGCUGUUUGUGGUCCAGCUAUGCUCUUACUUCACGGAUGUCGACUCCUCUGGCAGCCACCAGGGGGUGCUGUUCUUCAUACUUACGAGUGUCUCAGAGUGCUGCGCCACACCCUACUCCCUGCUGGGCCUGGCGUUUGUAGUGUCCUUCCUGGCUUUGGGACUGCUUAACCUCACCAAGUUCUACCUGGGUGGCUACACGGCCGUCUUAACCGACAACGUCAUGCACAGAGGGGUCACCGAGGGCGUGACCUUGCUGCUGCUGGCCCUUCAGACGGGUCUGUUAGACAUGGCCGCCCUGCAGCGUACCUUCCUCCUCAGUAUCAUUCUCUUCAUCGUCGUCACCUCCACACUACAGUCCAUGAUAGAGAUCACAGACCCCAUCAUUCUGGCCCUGGGGGCGUCUCGAAACAGGAGUUUAUGGAAACAUUUCCGAGGCCUCAGCAUGUGUUUACUCCUGUUGGUGUUUCCCGGAUACAUGGCCUAUAAGAUCUCCCAGUUCUUCCACAUGGACUUCUGGCUCCUCAUCCUGGUAUCCAGCUGCAUGCUAACCUCUCUUCAGGUAACGGGUACGCUUCUGAUCUACUCCCUGUUCAUGGUUGAGCUUUUCCGUAGCGACCCCAUUGACCCCCUGGAUGAGGUCAUCUACUGGGUCAACGCAGUGAGCCGUGUGCUGGAGUUCGUGGUGGCCCUCUGCGUUGUCGCCUACGGGACCUGGGAGUCUCUGUUCGGGGAGUGGAGCUGGAUGGGGGCCUCUGUCAUCAUCAUCCACUCCUACUUCAAUGUGUGGCUCAGAGCCCAGACCGGCUGGCGGAGCUUCCUGCUCAGACAGGAAGCAGCCAAGAAGAUAAACUCCCUCCCUCGGGCCACAGCCAAUCAGCUGCAGCAGCACAACGACGUCUGUGCCAUCUGUUUCCAGGACAUGAGCUCAGCUGUGUUGACAUACUGUGGACAUUUCUUCCAUGGAAACUGCCUGCGUAAGUGGCUUUACGUCCAGGAGACCUGCCCCAUGUGUCACCAGCCAAUCCGCCCCGACCCGCCUCCCCCACCCCAGAGCCCUACCCCAGGACAUGUAGUAGGAAACUCCCAGGCUUCUGCUCCGGCCUCCAGAGAGACUGGGCCCGGCGGUGCAGCAGAACGGAGAGGCUCCACAGAUAAGACCCCAGACGGUGAGGACACACAGCAGCUCCCAGCUACAGUGCCCCCCCCAGACUCCCCAGAACGGGAGGGGGGACCCAGUGGUUUCGACAGGGAACCCAACAACAGGCCGGGAAGUCCACACUUGAAGCCUGUCCAGGGUCUCCGGUUCAGCUCCACCGGGGACUUUGUAGGGUUUGUCAGCCCAGGAUCCAGCUGCUCCUCUGGGACUAGUCCUGGUCCAGAAGACUGGACCCUGGGGCCUUGGGAUGGACCUCCUAUCAGUGAAGUCACAAUUGGAGGCGCUGAGUGCUGCACCAAAGGACUAUUAGUGAAGUUUUCCGCCCCAGAGCGGAAUGGCAGAGUAUUGACUAGAGGAAACAGUGCUACACAAAGCAGCAGGACUGAUAUCGACCUUCUAGGAGAAAAACAGUUUGGAUCUCCUUUAGGGAAAAUUACUCCAAAACGUUUGAGGGCUGAGAGUGAGAGCAGGGUUGGGGAUCUCACCCAACAGAACCAUGAACAAAAGGGACUUCCACAUCAAGAUGAAAGCCAAUUAGAACUUGACAUGCCUUUGGGAGGCAGUACCUGUAGUUCCGCAAGAAGCACUGAGAAGGCGAGACCCAGUCACAGUAGGACCAUGGAGAAGAACUGAAUAGAGACCUGACUGAAAGAAAAAUACCAUGCCUUCUUUUUGUGUAUUACUUUUGUGAAAAAAUGAAUGUCCUAUCCUUCAGUUGAAAGUUUAAAAUACAUGUGUUAAUUCAGUUAUUACUGGUGUUUAAUCGCAUUAAUGGGUAAUGUGACACCCAAGAAUAUAUAUGAAUUGCACAAUUAUAGAUUAUUAUAAACUGGGUAAGUUGUUUCCUGGGUGUUGAUUGGCUGAAAGCUGUGGGUUAUCAGACUGUAUAUUAUGGGUAUGAAUGAUUAAAAUCAGCGGGUUAUGAAAUGUAUUCUUUGAGCUGCUUUAAAAAAAAAUGAAAAACAUAAUUAGCAUUUUUGAAUUAGAUUUCAUAAAUAGCAAGCUAGGAUGGCGGUUUUGGUUUCCAUAGCUACUACUCUGGCUAGCUAGCAAACUUGCUUGAUACUUCAGAGGUGGUCAUAUUUUUUGCCGGCCACUUAAUACAUUUGUUUACCUACGAUUAUUGCACUGGGUAAACUAAUUUUGGGGCUUUAAAUUUAGUCUCUCCUCAAUUAUCCCUAACAAGAUAUAGAAGGUACUAACCUAGAUCUGAAAAGUGAUCAUCUGUGUGGCAUAAAAUGGAAGAUGACGUAAUGUCUUGGUGAGCAUGUUCUCAUUUCGUUGCAGUUCUCUAACUGAAACCCCACGUAAUUAUUUAUGUUGCCCUAUUAAAUGAAGAUGGGCUUUUCCAUCGUUUUACUUCACCACACUCAAUACACUGUAUUGAGCUUUCUGUUUAUUUUUUUUGUCCAGUGAUAACAUAAGUUACUAAUGUCUAUGGUGAAUUAUAUUUGAGUGAAUCAUGUUUAGCUGACAGUAUGUGCUCUUUGGCGGAUUUGAGGUCGUUUCCAAUGGCACUAAUAAUUAUCAAGAACAGAAAUAAACAGUGCCUCCAAUUGUACAUAGAGGCCUAAAAAUGUUUUUGUAUACAUAAAUUAAACAGCUGUGUGCUUUA